AAUAAUUGUUAUUUCUAUUUCUAGACUUACAAUGCCGACCUGAAUAUGAAUCCAUAGCUGAUCCAACAUAGAAGGAAAUAGCAUAAGGAGAUGGAGGGUGGUAUGAUGGAUGUGAUGGAUGUGAUGGAUCGACUGAUGAGGUUCCAGGGGAGCUACCAGCUCACCUUCUUCAACCAGCUCAUGCUGGAGUCCUCCAUCAUAAUCAAGCUCUUUAAUACAUAUGGAGACAUUCUCCCAGGAUCCCGGAUCUACAGCUGUCUGCGUAGACGGUGUUAUAUUCAUUAUUCAACUCCAUUGGAAGCUAUAAAUGCUCUGAAAGAACUGAAAUCCUGCAAACUACUCCACAAUCUGGAGAUAGCUCCGGACUGUUUAAGGAAGGAGAGGAUCCCGGAGAAGGUUGAACCUGAACCUGAGCUAAUCCUUCCUUGUCUUGGAACAUACGAUAUCACGUUUACAACUGACAGAUUUGUUAAUACUUCAAAUUUGAAGGAGAUAUUUGCAGAAUUUGGUUCAGUAGUUUCAGUGCAAAGCAACCUUCGUUCUAUCAGGGGCAGGGUUAGAGUAUUCGUCAAGUACCAGUACGAGUCUGGCGCAUUAGCAGCGUUAAAGUCUCUAAAAUCAACUUUCUCGGAUUUGAGCGUUGCCAAAGACUGUUCUGUCGCAGGAAAAGAACAAAAGAAAUGUCAUCCGGAUAGAUCGGGAUUUUACUGCGUCAGGUUUAAAAAUAUGAACCGGGAAGGGUAUCAGAUUCUGGAGAGAAGUGAAAUUAUUGAAUUAUUUAAUGGAUUCGGAGAUGUGCAAUCUGUUUAUCAAGACAAGAAAAAAUGGUGCUAUAUUAGGUAUAAUGAGUUGGACGAGGCGGAGGCAGCUGUUGAAGAACUAAAAGAUGGCGGACACCUGCUGUGUGUAGGACUAGCAGCUGCUGGUUCAGCUGAGGGCGGAGACCGGAAGUUGAGAAAGAAACCUAUACCGAACCCACCUCAGGAAUCCGCCCUGGAACUCCUCGUCUCAAACUAUCCUCACUCUCUUCCUGUCCAUAAACUUCAAUCCUUCCUGGCCGGGAUUAGUUCUGCGCAGAUCAGGGAGAUGGUAGUGUCCGGCAGCAAGGCCUACGCCUUCGUUAGAUGUGAGAGCAUGGAGGAGAUGAAGCUUGGUGUUCGAACCUGUCAUAAUAAACUCCUGGGAGGUAGGAGAGUAAAAGUUCAAGCAAAGCUUCCAAUGAUCCAGGCAAGUAUUAUGAAAGAAUUAGACCAGGAACAGUCCUGUACUGGUAUUAUACAAGAAGAAGAUAUUACUUGUCCGUUAGACUUAUGCACAGAUAUCUCAGAGGAGGAGGAGGAUAUAUUUUCCGGUCAUUCAUCUCCAACUACUGCGGAGCAUGCAGAUAUCCGUCCUAAUCAACCUGAGCUAGUACUUGCAAACUUUAGCGAGGAAACAUCCGUCCUGGAUAUCCAGCAUCUUCUUCGAGAAUUCACCCCUCUCCAAGUUGACCUAAGAGAACCUACAACCUCAGAGCCUUUUACCUAUGCCAUAGUUAGCUUUAUUACUAAAUCUAACGCUGAGAAAGUUAUUAACAUGUUUGAUGGAUCUAAUGAAUUGGGAAGUGAAAAUCUUAUAGUUGAAUACAAUCUGUAAACAAAUGUACAAUUGUACUAAUGUAGUUCUCAGUGUGAAAUACCAGUAACAAAAUUAAUGAACCAACUGGAACUUUAAUUUUUUAUUUUGUCAUAGUAAUCAAAUGCAUGAAUGAAAACUGUCUAAAAUUGAAAUUUUGAAAACAACCCCUUUUCUGUUUCGUUUUGACCAAAACAGCUCUUAGUUCAAAUUGUAAUAAAAUACUUCUUUAUUAUGAUGAAUUUAAACAUACAACUAUUGGUAAUAAAUCACCAGGAUAAAAAGUACAAAAUAUUUUUAAAAAUAUUUUAAGCGUGUUUAUAAAAUGAGAUUUCAGUUUUAUUUUAACAAAAUAAACCUCUUCCUACAUAUAUCUAAUACAUAGAUUCUACUUAGGAUGAAUCAUUAAAUGGCAGGAACAGGUUUAGUUAAAACAGGAGUAUUUUAGGAAUAUAUUUGUAGCGCCAAAUUUUCGUGUUACUCUGAUAUAUCAGCAAACUUCUCCUUCCUCAAUUCGUCCGGGGUCAUCCCACAUCUGAGGAACAUCUCCUUAAACCUUGUAUUUGUCUCGUCGUCAAAGAGCUGCCCGAACUUCUUCUCACUUAUCAUCAUUUUCUGGGUCAUCAUCCUGAUCUGAUUAAUCCUGAGAUCCUCCUCUCUCAUCCUCUUCUCUAGAACUAACAGUUCCUUGUCCUUCUCAGACUCACUCAAAUUUUAAUUCUUGAAACAUAUGUCUAUUUUAUUUCGUUGUAAAAAUCAAUUUAAAAAUUGUUAAUUAAUGAAGUGGUUGUUUCUAUUGUAUUUCACCAUAAUGUCAUAUGUAUUUUUUCAGA